AUGGCAGAGUUACAAAUCGAAAACUCCCACUUGGAAUCUUUUCAAUUUGAUGAACCGAAAGAUCAAGACAGAGUCGAAAAAGCGGUCCUUGCCACUUUCCCUGCAGCUCUUGCCUCCCUCAGCUUUGGUUACUGUCUGGGAUAUUCAUCGUCAGCUUUGGAGGAUUUACAAAAUGAUAAUACCUCCUUCAACAUCAGCCUAACGGCUGAACAAGCAUCCUGGUUCUCGUCCUUGAUUGCUUUUGGACUGAUUAUUGGGUGUCUGAUCGGUGGAUGGGCGAUUGAAAAGUUUGGUCGAAAGGGCACCACGAUGAUGUGCUCCGUACCUUUCGUCCUAGGAUGGCUCCUUAUCAGUUAUGCCCAGAGUGUUGCCAUACUUUACGCUGGUAGAUUCAUCACAGGUGUGGCGUGUGGCGCUGUCUCCUUUACUGCUCCAGUGUACAUUGCCGAGAUUGCAGCCGCCCGAGUGCGUGGAGUGUUAGCUAGCCUCAGGAGCCUGAGUUUCACAUUAGGCGUGUUGAUAUGCCUGGCAACGGGCGUCCUGUGUCAUUGGAGGUGGCUGGCUUUUAUUGGUGCAAUUCCUCCAACGCUGGUCCUUAUUCUGAUGAUUCCCAUGCCACAGUCCCCUCGCUGGUUACUGGGAAAGAACCGAACGGAUGAAGCGCUGGAAGUCCUAUUGUGGUUACGAGGUCCAGAAGCGAACAUAAAGGAGGAGUGUUCCAACAUUAAAGACACCUUAGAUCGUCAAGGGAGGCUAAAGUGUACAGAUAUUGGAACGCCCGCAAUAGCAAAGCCCUUAAUCAUUAGCGUCGGGAUUUUUAUGUUUAUGGAAUUCUCUGGAACAGAUGCAAUACUCUUCAAUGCGGCAAAUUUAUUCAAAAUUGUGGGCAUCGCAAAUGAGAAGCUCGUCGCAAUAUCUGUGGGUAUUUCUCAACUUAUCGGUAAUAUUUUGUCGUGUUUCCUUGUGGACAAAGUAGGAAGACGAAAGCUUCUGUUGACCUCUGCUCUCGUAAUGUCCUUGUCCCUAAUAACACUGGGCGUGUUCUUUGCCAUCUUUAUCCCUGCACUUGAUGGAGGCUUCGCAACAGACGCAGACACUUCAUCUGGUUCCACCAGUCCACCGGCCGAAGAGAUUUCCUGGCUGCCAGUCUCUUCUAUUUUUCUUUUCAAUUUGAUGUUUUCCCUGGCGUGGGGGCCACUUCCGUGGGUUUUAAUUUCAGAAAUAUUUCCUCUCCGCGCACGUGGAUUUGCUUGCAGUUUUGCGACCACGGUGUUCGGAGUUACGCAGUUUAUUGUUACCAAAACUUAUCACUCUAUGGCCGCUGCGUUUACUAUCCAGGGUGUUUAUUGGGCUUACGCUGGUUUUUGUAUGCUAGGCUUCUUGUUUGUUUAUCUCCUUCUGCCCGAGACAAAGGGUAAAACCUUAGAAGAGAUUGAAGAUCUCUUCGACAGACCGGUUAAACAAACAUACGAAAGUAUACAUUGA